AGCCGCUGCCGCGUCCUCCCGCGCUGCGUUCUGCCCGCUCCUUUGCUGCCGCAGCCCGGACUGAAGCGCAGAGCCGGCGCCGGCCCCGCAGCCGGCGCGUCCUCGACAUGGGGGGCCGCUGAGAGUGCGCGUCCUCCGGCACCUGCGGCCCGGCCCCGGGCUCCGGUCAGCCAGCUCCAGCCACCCCUGCCCCGCUCCGGUGCCUGGCACGGCCCUGCGCCCUGCGCCUCCGGCCCGGAGCACCGGGUCCCCGCCCCCCCCGCCCGUGCCCGGGACACCUGGGUCCCCCGGCGGCCUCCGGGAGAGGGGCGGGGGGGGCAUGAAGCCGCUGGAGAAAUUCCUCAAGAAACAGACGUCGCAGCUGGCGGGGCGCGCGGUGGCCGCGGGGCCUGGCGGGGGUCCGGGCGGGGGACCCGGCGGAGGCGGGGGUCCGGGCGGGGGCGGGGGUCCGCCUGGGGGUCCGCGGGCGCUGCAGCGGCGCCAGAGCGUGUCCCGCCUGCUGCUCCCCUCUUUCCUGCGCGAGCCCUCGGCCGAGCCGGGGUUGGAGCCGCCUGUGGAAGAGGACCGGGCCGAUCUGGCGGGGGUGGCCGAGGACCCGGGCGGCGGGGGGCCCUGCUGGCUUCAGCUGGAGGAAGUGCCGGGGCCCCUGCGCUCCCCGUCCUCCUACUCCUCCGAUGAGCUGUCCCCUGGGGAGCCCCUGACUUCGCCGCCCUGGGCCCCCCUGGGCGCCCCCGAGCGGCCCGAGCACCUUCUCGACCGGGUCCUGGAACGCCUGGCUGGCGGGGCCACCAGGGACAGCGGCGCCUCAGAUGUCCUGCUGGAUGACAUUGUCCUCACGCACUCCCUCUUCCUCCCAACGGAAAAAUUCCUGCAGGCCCUGCACCAGUACUUUGUUCGGGCAGGGGGCCUGGAGGACCCCGAGGGGCUGGGCCGGAAACAGGCCUGUCUAGCCAUGCUCCUCCACUUCCUGGACACCUACCAGGGACUGCUGCAGGAGGAAGAAAGCGCUGGCCACAUCAUCAAGGACCUGUACCUGCUGAUUAUGAAGGAUGAGUCCCUCUACCAGGACCUCCGGGAGGACACGCUAAGGCUACACCAGCUUGUGGAGACGGCGGAGCUGAAGAUCCCAGAGGAGAGCCAGCCGCCCAGCAGGCAGGUGAAGCCACUCUUUCGCCACUUCCGCCGCAUUGACUCCUGCCUGCAGACCCGCGUGGCCUUCCGGGGCUCAGAUGAGAUCUUCUGCCGGGUCUACAUGCCUGACCACUCCUACGUGACCAUACGCAGCCGCCUGUCAGCAUCCGUGCAGGACAUCUUGGGCUCUGUGACUGAGAAGCUGCAGUACUCCGAGGAGCCCGCCGGCCGGGAGGAAGCCCUCAUCUUGGUAGCUGUGGCCUCCUCGGGAGAGAAGGUCCUGCUGCAGCCCAAUGAAGACUGUGUCUUCACCACACUGGGCAUCAACAGCCACCUGUUUGCCUGUACCCGGGACAGCUACGAGGCCCUGGUGCCCCUCCCUGAGGAGAUCCAGGUGUCCCCAGGAGACACAGAAAUCCACCGCGUGGAGCCUGAGGAUGUUGCCAACCACCUGACAGCCUUCCACUGGGAGCUGUUCCGAUGCGUGCACGAGCUGGAGUUCGUGGACUACGUGUUCCAUGGAGAGCGCGGCCGCCGCGAGACAGCCAACCUGGAGCUGCUGCUGCAGCGCUGCAGCGAGGUCACCCACUGGGUGGCCACCGAGGUGCUGCUGUGCGAGGCCCCGGGCAAGCGUGCCCAGCUGCUCAAGAAGUUUAUCAAAAUCGCUGCCAUCUGCAAGCAGAACCAGGACCUGCUGUCCUUCUAUGCUGUGGUCAUGGGGUUGGGCAAUGCCGCUGUCAGCCGCCUGCGGCUCACCUGGGAGAAGCUACCAGGGAAAUUCAAGAACUUGUUCCGCAAAUUCGAGAAUCUGACGGACCCCUGCCGGAACCACAAAAGUUACCGGGAAGUCCUGUCCAAGAUGAAGCCCCCCGUGAUCCCAUUCGUGCCUCUGAUCCUCAAGGACCUGACCUUCCUGCACGAGGGCAGCAAGACCCUGGUGGAUGGCUUGGUGAACGUGGAGAAGCUGCACUCAGUAGCUGAGAAAGUGAGGACAAUCCGAAAGUACCGCAGCCGGCCGCUCUGCCUGGACAUGGAGGCCUCGCCCCACCACCUGCAGACCAAGGCCUACGUGCGGCAGUUCCAGGUCAUCGACAACCAGAACCUCCUCUUCGACCUCUCCUACAAGCUGGAGGCCAACAGCCAGUGAGGGCUACCCCACAGGCUCCUGGCUCCUGGCUCCCAAGCACUUUGUAUCAUGUCCCUGCCAGCCUGUGACAGGUGUCUCCCAUGAGCAGCUGAGUGGGACGGGCUUCUGGAGACUCGUUAUCGUCCUGCCGGAACCCUGUCCCAUGCCUGCAGGAGGCGAAGGUCUCCUUCCUCAGUCCUCACCCAGCCAGCUGUGACUCAGAGGUGGAGCUCUGGCCUCUUCUCCCAGGCAGGCAGGAGCGGCCUCCUGCGCUCAGAGUGAAUUCCCUUUCCCGCCUCUGCCUGGCCUCUCUUGGGUCAGGGAUACAGUCCUGAGUAUUGUGCCCCCAAACAUUGUUGUGUGUGCGUGCGUGUGCACACACGUGUGCACGCAUGUGUGUGGUGGAGGGAAAGGGCCCCUUCUGUUCGGUGCUACCCUUGACUGCACCAGCCUCUACUGGGGUGGAGCGGGGUAGGGUUCCCAGCUCUCUGUGAGCCCCAGCGCCCCUGGUCCCUAGGGGGACCCCUGAGAGGGUGUGCUCAGGGAGGGCAAGCCUGGGCUGCCUGUAGGACCCUUGCUCUGCUCUGCUGUGCAGCUGGGGUAUAGCAGAGCCUGAGCAGGCACCUGCUCCCCAGUGCUGUCCCUCCCUGUUCAUCCCCCUUCCUGCUCCCCACAGUGCUGAGGCAGGUGGGCAGGCAGCUCCCCAAGGUAGGGUAGUGGGGGCUGGAGGUGGCAGAGGCUGUGAUGGUGAAGCUGGACCCUGGCAAGGCCUGGAGGGCGCAGGACAGAGGGCUCAGGGCCUGGGCAGCUUGCAGUGAGGCCUCAGAGGGUGGGCCCCCUUCUUCCUACCAGCCUAUCUUCCCUUUGGAGAUGAAGAGGUGUCAGCGCCACAUCCGGGGCAGCUGCUGCUCCGCUCCUGCUCUGACCUGUAUAUAUGUUUUUUACCCAAAGCUCUGGAAUUGUAAAUUUAUUUUUUAAAACCCCAAAAGAGGGACAAAGCCUUGUAUCAUAUGUAAACACUGUAUCAUAGGUCACGUGUACAGUCCCUUUUAUAUGGCAGUCUCUGACUUCCUGUCUCCUCUGAAAUGAAAUGCCUGCAGGUGCAGAAGCAUCUACGGACAUCCUGGGAUAUCCCCACCUGCAGGCC